AUGGUUGGAGUUAUUGCCACUCAUAACGGGAAGUUCCACUGUGACGAAGCGCUUGCUUGUUUCAUACUAAAACGUCUCAACCAGUUCAGGGACUACACAUUACUAAGGACACGGAUCCUGCUGUACUUGCCAAGUGCGAUGUUAUCGUUGACGGGGAGAUGUAUACGAUCAUUCGAGGAAACGAUACGACCAUCACCAAUAAAGUUCAAUGAGACGAUGCAAACAUUGGGCAUACUGGAUUUUAACACUAGACUCAGUUCAGCUAAUCGUGCUGUUUUCAAAGAGUUCAAUGAGACGAUGCAGACAUUGGGCAUACUGGAUUUUAUAAUAACAUUAGACUCAGUUCAGCUGAUUGAUCUACGCCCAUUAUGGAAAGCAACUGAUUGCAGAGGUAAGCAUUGUCGUCAGGGUUAA